CAAAAUUCCAAACAGAAUGUCGCUUCGCUACCCGCAGUGUCCCUCCGCAGAGCUCAGCGAGCCGAAAUUAUCUAAGAAAAAGGAGUGAACAGUCUCCUGUCACCAUCGCCUCGGGUCCCUGAUACCGUCGGUGUGGGUCCUGCUCAAAUUCGGCCCAAAGCCCUCCGCGCUACGGAAAGGAAAGUUUCGAGCCGGCCGUAGCAGGGGUGGCGGCGUGGGCGGGACUGGUGGCGGAGGGAUUCCGGGCGCGCGCGCUGCGGCGGCGGCGCGGCGCGAGUGGCGCCAGAAUUCGGAGCGCGGAAGCGCGUGAGCGGCUGUUGCCCGAAAUCUGGUCCGUCUCCCGCCGCGGACGGCUGGGCGAGAAGGGAGAGAAGAUGGUGGUCCUUCGCAGCAGCCUAGAACUGCAGAGCCACCCCGCCGCCUCGGCCACGGACUCUCUGGACCUGUCCAGCGAAUUUCUCAGUUUGGAGCAGAUCGGCCGGAGGCGGCUCCGCUCGGCCGGCGCCGCUGAGCAGUCUGCCGUCACCGCGGCCGCCGCGGGCGAUGGGUCUACAGUUAAGGAAGUUGAAACCUACCACCAAACACGUACUUUAAGGUCCUUGAGAAAAAAUGCACAGAAUUCUUCAGAUUCUAGUUUUGAUAAGAAUACGGUGAUAACGGAGAAACAUGCUAAUGGCAGACAUUUUACAAGGCAGUUGGCCAGACAGCAGGCUGAUAAAAAAAAAGAAGAGUGCAAAGAAGACAAAGCAAUUGCAGUUACUCGGUCAUUGAGAACUAGAAACAUAAUUCAAAAAACAGAACACUUGCAUGAAGAGAAUGGUGAUGUUGAAGUUCGCCGGAGUUGCAGGAUCAGAAGCCGCUAUGGUAGUGUGAACCAGUCUGUACUGUUUGACAAACUUAUAACAAACACUGCUGAAGCUGUGCUUCAAAAAAUGGAUGAUAUGAAGAAGCAGCGUAGACGGCGAAUGAGAGAAUUUGAAGACUUGGAGGGGAAUCUUAACAUGUACACGAGAGGUAAACAAAAAGAUAUUCAAAGAACUGAUGAAGAAACAACUGACAAUCAAGAAGGCAGUGGCGAGUCAUCUGAAGAGGGUGAAGACCAAGAAGAUGAAGAUGAUGAUGGUGAAGAUGAAGAUGAUGAAGAAGAAGAGGAAGAUGAUGAUGAGGAAGAUGAUGACGAGGAAGAUGACGAGGAAGAUGAAGAGGAUGUUGAAGAAGAUAAUCAGAAGCGAUACUAUCUUAGACAAAGAAAGGCUACUGUUUACUAUCAGGCUCCAUUGGAAAAACCUCGUCAUCAGAGAAAGCCCAAAAUAUUUUAUACUGGCCCAGCUUCUCCUGCGAGACCAAGAUAUCGAUUAUCUUCUGCGGGACCAAGAAGUCCUUAUUGUAAACGAAUGAACAGGCGAAGGCAUGCAAUUCAUAGUAGUGACUCUACUUCAUCCUCCUCUUCAGAAGAUGAACAGCAGUUUGAGAGGAGAAGAAAAAGGAGCCGUAAUAGAGCUAUCAACAGGUGCCUCCCACUAAAUUUUCGCAAAGAUGAAUUAAAAGGAAUUUAUAAAGAUCGAAUGAAAAUCGGAGCAAGCCUUGCCGAUGUUGAUCCAAUGCAACUAGAUUCUUCAGUACGAUUUGAUAGUGUUGGUGGCUUGUCUAAUCAUAUUGCAGCUCUAAAAGAGAUGGUAGUAUUUCCAUUACUUUAUCCAGAAGUCUUUGAAAAAUUCAAAAUUCAACCUCCAAGAGGUUGUUUGUUUUAUGGUCCACCUGGAACUGGAAAAACUCUGGUUGCUAGAGCACUUGCCAAUGAGUGCAGUCAAGGGGAUAAAAGAGUAGCAUUUUUCAUGAGGAAAGGUGCCGAUUGUCUGAGUAAGUGGGUAGGAGAAUCUGAGAGACAGCUGCGAUUGCUAUUUGAUCAGGCCUAUCAGAUGCGCCCAUCAAUUAUUUUCUUUGAUGAAAUUGAUGGUCUGGCCCCAGUACGAUCAAGCCGGCAAGAUCAAAUUCACAGUUCAAUUGUUUCCACCUUACUAGCUCUGAUGGAUGGAUUGGACAGCAGAGGAGAAAUUGUGGUCAUUGGUGCUACCAACAGACUGGAUUCUAUUGAUCCUGCUUUACGAAGGCCUGGUCGUUUUGACAGAGAAUUCCUUUUUAGCCUACCUGAUAAAGAUGCUCGAAAAGAAAUUCUAAAAAUUCACACAAGGGAUUGGAAUCCUAAACCACUGGACAUAUUUCUGGAAGAACUCGCAGAAAACUGUGUUGGAUACUGUGGUGCAGAUAUUAAGUCAAUAUGCUCUGAAGCUGCUUUAUGUGCUCUGCGUCGACGCUACCCACAGAUCUAUACCACUAGUGAGAAACUGCAAUUGGAUCUCUCUUCAAUUAAUAUCUCAGCUAAGGACUUUGAGGUAGCUAUGCAAAAGAUGAUCCCAGCCUCCCAGAGAGCUGUGACGUCACCUGGGCAGGCGCUGUCCACCAUUGUGAAACCACUACUGCAGAGCACUGUCCACAGGAUCCUGGGCGCCCUGCGGAGAGUGUUUCCACAUGUGGAAACCAGGACCAGUAAAGCGCUAGACUCUGAUAUUUCUUGUCCUCUCUUAGAAAGUGACUUGGUAUACAGUGAUGAUGAUGUUCCAUCAGUAUACGAAAAUGGACUUUCUCAAAAAUCCUUUAAUAAGGCAAAAGAAAAUUUUAAUUUUCUUCAUUUGAAUAGAAAUGCUUGUUAUCAACCUAUGUCUUUUCGACCAAGAAUGCUGAUAGUGGGCGAACCAGGAUUUGGGCAAGGUUCUCAUUUAGCACCAGCUGUCAUCCAUGCUUUGGAAAAAUUUGCAGUAUACACUUUAGACAUUCCUGUUCUUUUUGGAGUCAGUGCUACAUCUCCUGAAGAAACAUGUGCCCAGGUGAUUCGUGAAGCUAAGAGAACAGCACCAAGUAUAGUGUAUGUUCCUCACAUUCACUUGUGGUGGGAAAUAGUUGGACCAACACUCAAAGCCACGUUUACCACAUUAUUACAGAAUAUUCCUUCUUUUGCUCCAGUUUUACUACUUGCCACUUCUGACAAACCCCAUUCCACUCUACCAGAAGAGGUACAAGAAUUAUUUAUCCGUGACUAUGGAGAAAUUUUUAAUGUCCAGUUACCUAGUAAAGAAGAACGGACACAGUUUUUUGAAGAUUUAAUUCUGAAGCAAGCUGCUAAGCCUCCUAUAUCCAAAAAGAAAGCAGUUUUGCAGGCCCUGGAGGUACUCCCUGUGGCACCACCACCUGAGCCAAGACCACUGACAGCAGAAGAACUGAAACGACUAGAAGAGCAAGAGGAAGAUACAUUUAGAGAACUGAGGAUUUUUUUAAGAAAUGUUACACAUAGGCUUGCUAUUGACAAGCGAUUCAGAAUAUUUACUAAACCUGUUGACCCUGAUGAGGUUCCCGAUUAUGUCACCGUAAUAAAGCAACCAAUGGACCUUUCAUCUGUAAUCAGUAAAAUUGAUCUCCACAAGUAUCUAACUGUGAAAGACUAUUUGAGUGAUAUUGAUCUGAUCUGUAGUAAUGCUUUAGAAUACAAUCCAGAUAGAGAUCCUGGAGAUCGUCUUAUUAGGCAUAGAGCCUGUGCUUUAAGAGAUACUGCUUAUGCAAUAAUUAAAGAAGAACUUGAUGAAGACUUUGAGCAGCUUUGUGAAGAAAUUCAGAAAUCUAGAAAGAAAAGAGGUUGUAGCUCUUCCAGAUAUGCCCCAUCUUACUACCAUGUAAUGCCAAAGCAAAAUUCCACUCCUGCUGGUGAUAAAAAAUCAGAUCCAGAGCAGAGUGAAAAGCCAAAGACGCCCAGUGCUCCUAUGGCUUGCAGCACUCCUGCUCAGUUGAAGAGAAAAAUCCGCAAAAAAUCAAAGUGGUACUUGGGCACCAUAACAAAACGAAGGAAGAUCUCACAGGCAAAAGAUGACAGCCAAAAUGUCACAGGUGACAGAAUUGAGAGUGAUACAGAGGAAAAUCAAGAUACAAGUGUAGACCACAAUGAGACUGGAAACACAGGGGAGUCUUCAAUGGAGGAAAAUGAAAAGCAGCAAAAUGCCUCUGAAAGCAAAAUAGAAUUGGGAAAUAAGAAUUCACAUACUUGUAUUGAGAAUGAACCUGAAGAAUCUGGAAAGACUACAGCAUGUACAGAAUUGAGGAAAGAUAAGAUUGCUUGUAAUGGAGAUGCUUCUAGCUCUCGGAUAAUAGACAUUUCUGAUGAAAAUGAAGCAAAAGAAAUGUGUGUUCUGCGAAUGACUCGAGCUAGACGUUCCCAAGUAGAGCAACAGCAGCUCAUCAGUGUUGAAAAGGCUUUGGCAAUUCUUUCUCAGCCUACACCCUCACUUAUUGUGGACCAUAAGCGACUGAAAAAUCUUUUGAAGAUUGUUGUUAAAAAAAGUCAAGAAUACAAUAUUUUUCAGUUGGAAAAUUUAUAUGCUGUAAUCAGCCAGUGUAUUUAUCAGCAUCGCAGGGAUUAUGACAAAACAGCACUUAUUCAGAAAAUGGAGCAAGAAGUAGAAAACUUCAGUUGUUCCAGAUCAUGAUGUCAUGGUACCAAGUAUUUUUUAUUUUUUCAAGAUGAAAUCCUGAAUCUCUAAGGAAAGGAGUAAAAUAGUAAUUAAAAAUAUUUAAACUUUUCUAGUAUUUAUAUACAUGUGUAAGAUAAAUUACAGAGAUAACUGAUAAAUUUUUGAUUGAACAAGUCAUUGUAGUAAUACUAUUGCUAUUAUUAUCAGUAAAGUGUGGCCAACUCCUAAUAAAGUUUAUUUUGAUAAUUAAUGUUUAUGGAAAUUUAGGAGUAAUUAGUGACACUGAUAGUUUUUAUUUUAACCACUUUUAAUUUUAUCCUUCCUAAAAAUAGUUUAUUGUGUCAGACUAGAUAGAAACUAGUUAACCAUUGUGUCUUUGCCAUCGUUUCUGCCUUUAGCAUCCUCUGCAGAUUCACUUAAAAGCUCAUGCUUGAGUCAUGAUUUGCAGGAGGUCCCCUGAAUAACUUCUAGGUAAACCACAGUUCUGUACUUGACUAUCAAAAUUAAUGCUUUUUAGAUAAACAUUUUUUAUCAUUUAAUUUGGAUUAAUAAAAAAUUUUAAAUUUUUUGUUUUACUUUUAUGGGUUAUACAUACAACAAAUGUAUUAACGACUACUUUGUUAAAUAUCUUUUUAACAAUGCAAAAUUUUUAUAUAUGAAAGCUAUUUAUACCCUUCUUAGGUUGUAUUCUAUAGAUGCCUUUUGUAUACAAUUAUAUAAGUGUAAAUAUUAUGAAUUUUGUAUUAAUGAUACCAAAAAUGCAUUUCUUAAAGCAAUAAAAGCAUUCACCAUCAUGCAUUUCUCCCCCUCCCCCAUUUUCUUUUUCUUUGAGACAUUCUAGUAUUACUUUGCAAAACUUCUUUUGAGGGUAAUAGGGGAUAAUGAUCUCGUGAGAGAUUCUGGAUUCUAAUACAGUUUCUGAGCUAAACUGCUUUUUGUUGUUGUUUUAUCUGGAUAUUUUAUUUAAAGCCUUCUAAAACUCAGUAUUUCAGAUACCUUAAUUAGUAGAUACUAUCUAUUGUAAUGCAUAAUGGAAUACUAGUCACUGAAAAUAUUUAAGUGUAUGUAUAUUCCUGGAUUCUCACACACACACACACACGUCUUCAUUUUUAGUGAAAUUUAUUGUAACUUAUUCUAGAUUCAUCUUUUGUAACUAGGAUUUUAUUUUGUAUGUAUAGCUUCUGUAAUAAAUUGUAAAGGUAAAAAUUGCUUCUCAGUUCUAUUUCUUAAUUAUUUUAUAAUAUCCUAAAAAUAAUUCAGUGUGAAGCAAGUGCAAAAAUCUGUUUUAUUACUGUGCAUAAUUUAAAAUGCUGUUGACACUGGAAUGUAUAUAUUCUUUAG